AUGGGUUCAGGUAGUGAUCAUCUCAGAUGGCACGCAUAUCCGACAUCUUUGUCGUCAGGUUCUCUGACUUCAGGCGAGUUCAUUGUGGAUAUUGUUUCGACAAUUUUUUAUCUCUUCGUAAGGGUCAUCCUAUACUUCCAAUUCAAAAAUGAAGAUGUAGUAGGAACCCAAACUGUUCGCCAGCUGCAACCCUCCAUAACCGCGGCCCGCCUUCGCCGAUUUAUUUCUGCAUCCAGGUUCCAGCCGAGCAUUCGUGUAGGGAACAAGUGUGUAGGAGAUGGCAGAGGGAGGAGAAGAGGACAUACCAAGAGAUGCAAAAAUGCACAAGUCUACUCGGAACAUGCUGGCAAGUCUACAAUUGACUCUGAUGAUAUUAAACUCGCGAUUCAGUCUAAAGUCAAUUUUAGUUUCUCGCAACCUCCACCUCGAGAGGUGCUACUCGAGUUGGCAAGGAAUAGAAAUAAGAUCCCGUUGCCAAAAUCAAUAGCAGGGCCUGAAAUUCCUCUUCCUCCAGAGCAGGAUACCUUGAUUAGUCCAAAUUACCAAUUGGCUAUUCCAAAGAAGCGAAGCCACCCAAUUGAAGAAACAGAGGACGAUGACGAAGGUAUUGAUCCCACCCCUAAUCCUAAUCCCAAUCCCAAUCCCAACGUUUCCCAAGACCGAAGAGAUAUUCCCCAAGGCACCCCGCAGCGAGUGUCUUUUCCGCUUGGAGCUAAACGUCCAAGGUAA